UGUGAGGCCGCGCACAGGACUUUGGGAGCGGGGCUCUGCGGCGGAAGGGAAGGCCCCGCAGCGGCCCCGGCCUCCGCCACUCUCCAGACCCUCGCAGCCGGCGGCGGCGCACGGCUGGACCCCCAGCGGGUCGGCGCCGGGGGCCCCCUGCUCGCCCUCGCCGCGCUCCCGGACGCGGGCCCCGAGCGCGGGGGGCGCGCCGCGUUUGCCGUGGAAACGCCGGAGCCUGCGCGGCUGGCGCGCGGGGCGGGCUUUCGGGCGCUCGGGCUCCCGGCGGCGGCUCGCGCCCCCAGCGCUCGCCAGGGCGCCUCGGAGCCCCCAUCGUUGGGCCUCUGCCCGGGGGUCUCCGGCCGCGCGCGAGGCAAGAUGUUGAGGCGCAGCUUGGAAAACCGGGACGCUCAAACCAGACAACUGCAAGAUGCUGUCACAAACGUGGAGAAGCAUUUUGGAGAGCUGUGCCAAAUCUUUGCUGCUUAUGUGCGGAAAACUGCCAGACUGCGAGACAAAGCAGACCUCCUGGUGAAUGAAAUCAACGUGUAUGCCUCCACAGAGACCCCACAUUUAAAGCAGGGCCUGAAAAACUUUGCUGACGAGUUUGCCAAACUUCAGGAUUACCGCCAAGCAGAGGUUGAAAGACUUGAAGCCAAAGUAGUUGAACCUUUGAAAGCUUAUGGAACCAUUGUAAGAAUGAAACGAGAUGACCUCAAAGCAACAUUAACAGCAAGGAAUCGAGAAGCAAAACAGUUAACUCAGUUAGAAAGAACACGUCAGCGAAACCCAUCUGAUCGGCAUGUUAUUUCACAGGCAGAAACUGAAUUACAGAGAGCUACGAUGGAUGCUACCCGAACAACCCGGCAUCUAGAGGAAACGAUUGACAAUUUUGAAAAGCAGAAAAUAAAGGAUAUAAAGACUAUAUUUUCAGAAUUUAUCACUAUCGAGAUGUUAUUUCACGGCAAAGCUUUAGAGGUCUACACUGCUGCCUACCAAAAUAUACAAAAGAUUGAUGAAGAAGAAGAUUUAGAGGUUUUCCGAAAUUCUCUGUAUCCACCAGAUUACUCAUCUCGUUUGGAUAUUGUGAGAGCAAAUUCCAAGUCACCUCUUCAGAGAUCACUGUCAGCUAAGUGUGUAUCUGGAACAGGACAGGUAUCCACCUGUCGACUAAGGAGGGAUCAACAAACAGAUGAUGACGAUGAAGAGGAUGAAGACUUAGAUGUUACAGAAGAAGAAAAUUAAUUUUCUUAAGUAAACUUUGCAUUUCCAUUUUCAUCUUAAAUGAUAUGGAAUCCAGAAUUACUAAACUGUAAAACUUUAUACUGGCUUGAUACAUUUAACCUCAAAAUGAAAUCCUACUGGAAAUGGAAAAAUAAUUAAAGGAAAUUUAUGCUGACCAAAAAUGAAGGUUUUUUAAAAAGCAUUACAGUCAUUUCAACAUACUGUCUAGCAGCAUGUGAUCUUUUUGUAUAGGUUUCAUUAAAAAAAAUUAUGUAUUUAAAAAUUAUUUCUUAUUAAUACACUCUACCUACUUGAGGUUGCAAUAGUUAGGUAGAUUAAAAAAACAAAAGGUCUAACAAUUCCACUUGCUCCUUUUAGGUUGACACCAUGCUUUCAUCACCAGAAAAGGGUCCUAGACAGUUGUUCUGAUUAAAUACAAAUUCUAUUCCAUAAAGCUUUAAUCAAAAA